AUGGCAUCAUUCGCUAAGCUCAUCUUGCUGGCUUCAGCCGUCGCUGCCGCCACGACACAGCUCCUUGCAAGCGACGAGACUAUCAAUGAUAUAAGCUAUUUUCCUAUUGAUGGUCUCACUGGUGCAGAGGAGAUCGAAAACGACGCAAUAGCCCUGAUUGAAACCCUCAAGAUUGCAACUGGCCAUGUUAAAGAAACUGGGAGCUUGAGCGUGGUAGGCGGCCUCGAAGUCCUAGCCCAGAUUGAGUACCUGAUACCACCGUUCAUGAAUACCUUGGCCACUGUACCACUCAAAUCCACCGCUUGGAAUGCUCUCGAGGGACCUGGGCUCGCUCUGGAAGACCUCAAGGUUGGGAAGCAAGCUUUUUCUGAAUAUUUGGAUGCAAUCAUCGCAGCCGAGCCAUACGCACUAAAAUCGAGAAUAAUUGCUGUCAAGAUGCGACUUAUAGACGCCUUCGACGAAAUCAUCAAGAUUUACCCCUUGUCCUAG